CACACAGACACACAGCUGCUGUCAGGACUUCAACACCUGCUCUGCUGCUCAGCUGAGACAAGACUGUAACGGAGGAGACACUUAAAGGGAGACGAUCAUCGUUUUUUUGGGAGAAAAUGAAACUUGAAGUUUUCUCCGCGUAUCACUUCGCGCAGAAGCCGCUGGAGUUGUGCAUGGACGCAGAGGUGGGAGUCCCUUCUCCUCUAUCCGGGGACGAGCUGGGGUCGGACGGGGACUUCGUGGCUAAUAGCCCGGCACCUGUCGCUCAGAGCGGGGAAGGCAGCAAGGGGAAGCCCUACACCCGCAGACCCAAGCCACCUUACUCCUACAUUGCCCUCAUCGCCAUGGCCAUCCGGGAGUCCAGCAGCGGCCGCCUCACUCUGGCAGAGAUCAACGACUACCUGAUGAAGAAGUUCCCGUUUUUCCGCGGCACCUACACCGGCUGGAGGAACUCGGUGCGCCACAACUUGUCACUGAAUGACUGCUUCCUCAAAGUUCUGCGGGACCCGUCCAGACCCUGGGGCAAGGACAACUACUGGAUGCUCAACCCGCACAGCGAAUACACCUUCGCUGACGGGGUGUUCCGCCGCAGAAGGAAACGCAUCGCCAAGAGGUCCGCCAAGGAGCGGGAGAGCCCGGACAUCCUCAACGAGGACACCCACCUCCCCGCCGCGGAGGAGAGGGUGGGGGUUAAGUUCUCCAGCUCCUUCGCCAUUGACAGCAUCCUCAGCACGCCCUUCAAACGGAGGGAGGACAACCACGUUGAUGCAGAGACCCAAGCCCCCCGGCUCUACUGGUCCCCAGGGGCCCACAUACUGCCUUACACUCUGAGCUACCCGGCACCGCACACGUACCUGUCAGAGGGGUUGUACAGCAGCACAGAGCCCAGCAGAGAUGCACUCAUAUACCUCCAGCAGACAGCACCUGCGGCCGCUCCGCACGCGCUCAAGAUUCCCAACAAGGCGCGAGGUUUCCAUAUAGACUUCUUGCUCUCAUAAAGCACCCGGACUGCUGUCAGACUUGUAUGUUUUGACCCAUGAUGUGCACUAUUGUGGGCGCUCGUAGCUGUCAGUGCUUUAGCUGUUUAAGUGUUUGGGAGUCUGUCUGUACUGUAAGUCAUUCUGCAGUGAAAGAAACAAACGUGUUGUCAAUAUAGAUCUAACGGUGUGUGGCUAUUUAGCAAAGAGUUGCUGUCAUUGCAGGACAUUCCACUGCGUGUGUGCGAGUGUGUGUGUGUGUGUGUGUGUGUGUGUGUGUGUGUGUGUGUGUGUGUGUGUGUGUGUGUGUGUUUGUGGGUGUGUGUGUGUGUGUGUUAGAGAUGUUUAAAGAUUGUCUGUCUUCGUGUAUCCAUGGUUCUUUUGUCAUUUCCACUGUAUGACGGCAUCCAAGCGCCAUGUUGAAACAUAAAACUAUUAAUCUAUUUAUAUUUUCAUGUUUUGUAUGACCUGCUGUAUAAAAUAGUGUUGUAUAUAUAUUAAAAAAAGAUAUUGACUGAGCUGCGAUGAGAGUCACGUGGCUGCACUAGAAACGCAUGGAAAUAUCUGAUGUUUUUCCUAAAAUUGAUUCAUGCAU